AUGGGGGUGGGGGAUUGCGACGACUUGGCGCCCGAUUGUCGUAUCAGGGUGGAUCAAGUUUGUGAUGGUAUUUCGUUUCAUCCAAAGUUAAAUCUUGAGUUCAUGCGGAGCGGGGCGGAGCCGCGCAAGGGGCGCGGCGCGCGCGAGGUGACGGAGACGGUGUUCUCGACGGAGGUGCGCUCGGUUGCGGCACCGCGCGGGGCGGUGGGGCUCAGGCGGCGGCGCGGGGUUGGGCGGGGGUGGGCUUGUCGCCGCGCCCCCGCUCAACGUGGCGCUGGUGGCCGGCGGCGACCGUGGUGGGGUCGACGACUCGGCGACGCCGACUGGCGCGGGCUGCGCCUCGACCUGGCGGCGGCGGUGGCCGGCGCGGCGUCUGCGCACGACGCCCCCGGCGCCGCCUCCUCGUCCGCGUCGCCCAGCCCGCCCACCUACCACCGCACCGCCGCCGACUUCUUCAAGGCGGUGACGUCGGCGUCCGACCUGGACCGCGACUCGCUGUCGCCGGAGCUGGGCGGGCGCGUGGCGCGCGUCAUCGGCACGGUGCCCAUCGCCGAGUACGAGGGCUCCCCGCGGCGCUACGGGCCGCGCCCGGCCGACGCGCCGGCGCACCCGGUGCUGCCGUCGGCGCACAGCCUGCUCAGCUCGCCCUCCACCUACCCGCCGCGGCCGGGCUUCCCGCAGUUUCUGAGAAUAGAAAAUGUUAUUUAA